AUGGGUUCCGAGUUGGGCAUUAGCGCCGCGUCCAAACCUCACCCAUCAUACGACCCAGUCAGUAUCUGGUGGGCAUGCUGGGCCGGCGUCUGGACGGCCGCAGUCGUGGCCGGCGUGGCCUAUCUCAUCGUCCAUCGUCACUCGCCCAUCCUGCGCAUCCGCGGUCUCGGUUUCUCGCUCGGCGCCAUUGUGUUCUUGCAUAUCUACUGGGCCAGUCUCCAGUUCGGAACGAUGAUCGGGCCCAUCAUGCCCGGUGACGCGCAGUACUGGCUCAUGGGCACCUACCUGCCCUGUGGGUUGGCCUUAUUCCACGCCUCGAACACCCGGUUCCUGCAUGUCGCCCAGAUGCAGAAGCGAUACGCCCACCCGGACGACCCCUUUGUCGCCCCGAUGACGGAUUCCUCGCGCCGUGACGGCUGGAUGGGCCGCUUUCGCCGUCGCGGCUACACCACGCGGUCUCUGAUCAUCGUGGGCGUCGCCAUCGCCCUGCAGCUGUUUCUCACCCUGCUCAUGUGGCUCAUUUCCCGCAAGUUUCAUCGCACCUGGGGCAUCCCAGGCACCGAGGUACACGGGACUCCGAUGGAGCAGUUGACAGCCAUGGGUCAAGGCUGGGAAUGGUGGUCCACCAUCGUCGGACAGUUCUUCUGGGCCUGGGUCGUGGGCCCUAUCGUCCUCUGGAGGGCGCGUCACAUCCGUGAUACGCAGGGCUGGCGCACGCAGACCAUCGGUUGCGUGCUUGUCAGUCUCCCUGCCACGCCCAUGUGGCUGAUCGCGCUUUACGUUCCCGCCAUGGAGGUGGUGAACAAGUACUUUAUUCCGCCGCAGUGGAUCUGUCUCUCCAUCAUCGGACUCGAGAUAUUCACCGUCUUCCUCCCUUGCUGGGAAGUGAUGCGCCACCAGACUCUCUGCCAAGAAACGCUCGACGCCAUCGCCCAGUGGGAGGCCAAACACCGCGUCGGAAAAGAGGGAUCGGCUAUGAGCGAGGUCACCACGGCAGUCGACUCAAUCCUGUCCGGCAGCCACCAGUCCUCCACCGGCUCCGCCGAGACCAAAAGCAGCGCCCGCGACAGCAUCCUGACCAUGGGCGCGCUGGAGCUCGUCCUCGACCGCAACCCCGCCCCGCUGCAGCACUUCGCCGCCCUUCAUGAUUUCUCCGGCGAGAACGUCGCCUUCCUGACCCACGUCGCCGCAUGGAAAGUCCCCUGGCUGCCGCCGACAGGUCCGACGUCCGACGACCCCGACGACCCGCUCCUCCGUGACGCGUUCCGCCGCGCCCUGCACGUCUAUGUGACGUUUGUUAGCGUCGCGCACGCCGAGUUCCCCAUCAACCUCUCGUCGCAGGAUGUCCGGAAACUGGACCGCGUGUUCGAGGCGCCCGCGCGCCUUGUCUAUGGCGACCACGCGGCGACGGACCCCGCCACGCCAUUCGACGGGUGCACCUUCGACGUGCCCCCCUCGCCGACCGGGUCCGGUGAAGGGGACGAGACGCUCCUCUCGAGCGCGCCGAUGUACUCGGGCGCGGUGCCGGCGGGGUUUAGCGCGAGCGUGUUCGACGAUGCCGAGGAGAGUAUCAAAUACCUGGUUUUGACCAACACGUGGCCCAAGUUCAUCAAGUACCGACGGAGCUCGACAGAUAGGAGCAGUCUGGGGACUGAUAUUGUCUAG